AAACGAAAUUUUCAAUUUUAGCCAUUUUAUAAAUAAAAUGAACUUAGCACGCAGUUUUACUGCGUUAAAUAAACUGCUUGGUUUUGUCCAAAUAUCUCGAACGUGUGUUGCGCAAUCUCAUUCACAACCUGCUCUUACAGCAGAAACUUACAACGUAAAAAGGGGAAAUUACUCAACUGCAAAUGCAUCAGACUUGGAUGCUUUUAGAAAUAUAGUGGGUGAUAACAAUGUGGUCACUGAAGCAAGUGAAUUACAAGGCAAUAAUGUUGACUGGAUAAAAACUGUAAGAGGACAAAGCACAGUUCUUUUGAAACCAAAGACAACUACGGAAGUUUCCAGAAUAUUAAAACACUGCAAUGAAAGAAAACUAGCAGUUUGUCCUCAGGGUGGAAACACUGGUCUAGUUGGAGGCAGUGUACCUGUGUUCGAUGAAAUAAUUUUGUCAACUCAAAGAAUGAAUGAAGUUAUUUCUGUUGACCCGUUUUCAGGAGUUAUGGUGUGCCAAGCUGGGUGUAUUCUUGAAAAGGCGAAUCAAGACUUACUGGAGCACGAUCUGAUUGUUCCUCUUGAUUUGGGAGCGAAAGGAAGUUGUCAUCUUGGAGGAAACAUUUCCACUAAUGCGGGAGGACUUCGAUUACUAAGAUACGGAUCACUCAGAGGAAGUGUGCUGGGUGUGGAAGCGGUUCUAGCCGACGGUACGGUGCUUGACUGUCUGUCCAAGCUUCGUAAAGAUAACACAGGUUACGAUAUAAAACAACUCAUGAUUGGGUCAGAAGGAACGCUUGGGUUCGUCACUGCUGUUUCCAUUCUCUGCCCACAAAAACCUAAAUCUGUUAACGUGGUGUUUUUAGGUGUGGAUAAGUUUGAAGACUUACUUUUGUUACUGAGAAAAGCUAAGCAGGAUCUUGGGGAAAUUCUUUCAGCUGUUGAGUUUGUGGAUUCCGAUUGCAUUGGACUUGUUGGAAAGCAUCUAAAGUUGGUGAAUCCAAUAGGAGAGUAUGAAUUCUACAUGCUCAUUGAAACAUCAGGUUCCAACAGUCAACAUGAUGAGGAAAAACUUUCAUCAUUUGUUGAAGAUAUUAUAACAUCACAGUUAGCUAAAGAUGGUACUAUUGCAACUGACUUUAACAAAAUGCAGUCCAUAUGGAAACUGAGAGAAAGUGUGGCUGAAGCUUUGACACACGAUGGAUAUACUUUUAAAUACGACGUGUCCUUACCUGCCCAUGUUAUGUAUGAUAUGGUACACGACACAAGGAAACAUCUGAAGGGAUUGUAUAACUCUGUUGUGGGUUACGGCCAUUUAGGUGAUGGUAACCUUCAUUUGAACGUGACAUGUCCUGAAUAUAACAAAACCAUCGCAUCGGCAAUUGAACCUUUUGUUUACGAAUGGACAGCUAAGCACAAUGGUAGUAUAAGUGCUGAACAUGGUUUAGGGUUUAAGAAGAGAAACUACAUCUCAUACACAAAGAGCAAAGAAUCGAUAAAUUUUAUGAUGAAAAUUAAGCAAAUGUUUGAUCCAAACAUGAUUUUAAACCCGUAUAAGACGCUUCCGGAUAAGUUGUAAUAUUUUGGUUCUAUUUUAUGUGGGUGAGAUCCUACAGCGUGGCACGGGGUCCUAGGAUUUAGGCCAAGAUUGGCCCAUUAUCCCAGUAUUUUGGUUAAAUUAUUGUUUAAAAAGUAAUUAGUAAGCUGUGAUUUUGAUUAGGUGAAUAGUUAAUCUUGCUUUAAAUUAUGUUUAGUGUACUUUUAGUAUUAAAUUCGUUGUGCAGCAGUUAAAAGACAUUGUACGCUAACAAGAUGUUGUUUAAUUUUUAAUUAUUGCAUUGUUUUAUGUUAAAAUUUUGAACUGAUGCCAUUUUAUCGCUGUGUUCUCGCAAAAUAUGCAAAUUAUAAUUAUGAUCAAGU